AUGCAAGGUGGUUUUCUGGAUGUGCUCGAAUAUUUGAUUGAAACGGCCGGAGCAGAAAUUGGAUGCAUUAGUAUGAAAGGUCAGUCACUCAUUCAUAUAGCGUCACUAUGUGGUGAUGAGAAAAUUAUUCGGUGGAUUCUGAAUCGCACGGGGACUCACGUCACUCUGUGGACAACUAUGGACAAUUCUAAUGCUCUGCACUGUGCUGCAUACUGUGGCAGCGUGCCUGUGUUACGUGCCCUCUUGGAGUCGUGGUCUCGUAAAAGAAGAAGGAUCGUCUUGGCGCUGAAAGAUAGUCGUGGAAAUACACCUCUCCAUCUGGCUACAAUUAACGAACACACUGAGGCUGUUCUUUUCCUGAUGCCGAUGUUCGAAGCAAUUAAUGCUUGUGGCUAUAGCGCUCAAGCAAUCGCCUUAAUCAGAGGGAAUCGCGAGUUAGCAGGUCUCAUUGCUGGAUAUGCCGGUACCGUCCAGUUGUUCUUGAUUUUUCAUUCUGCUCUGACACAUCGUUCAGGCAAGAACAAGACCCUGCCAAUGAGACCCUCCCGUUCGAUUGAUUCCCAGCUAGUGGCUACUUCAGUCAGUAGUCGAUGCCGUUCAGUCCCACACACACCAUCACUAAACCGAGCUUUAUCGCCGCGAUCCAGCUCUCGUCGUUCUUCCGUAGCGGACACCUAUAUCUCCCAACAACAGAACCACUCUCUGAGAAGGAGGCCCAGGGCUCGCUGUGGCGAAAAGUCAGCUCGAGGACUGAAGGCGAAAAUAUGGCCGAGUAUGAUGGAAGGCUAG